AUUUUACUUUCACCCCACGCUUUGCCAAAAACCCUCCUAUUCACACCUACCCACCCCUCUCCCAACCCCCACCUCAUCAAUGUGGGGACAGUACGCUCAAAGACAACCCUAGCCCAGAAAAACACUCUCCAAUUACUCUCUUCCAAAAUCCUCCAACUACUCUUUCAAGAGUUGAGUGAAAAUGGAGGUGAACAGUUACAGCUGUGAUGUAGAAGCUUUUGAGAAAAUGGUGAUGAACUCUGUUCUUGAAGCUGUUGUUGCUGAGACCCUUUUGGUUGCUCAGAGAUCUGUUGCUUGUCUACUCAUGGUGACAGGAUGUUUGCUGAAGGAUGGUGCUACUUUGCCAGACGAGAUAAGCAUUGCUCCAUUGUCAGAUUUCUUGAGCAUUCCUCCAUUGUCGGACUUGGUCAGCCCCGAUAGAAGGUUUCCCUUUGAUGCGCUUAAAGGAAAGAACAAAGCUGGUCCCGAGAACAAAGAUGGCAGUGAUACAGAGGAUGAUGAUGAAGACGAGGAUGGAGAUGCUGAGGAUCAGGAUGACGAUGAUGAUGCAAACGAUGAAGAUUUCUCCGGUGAAGAAGGGGGAGAUGAUGACGACGAUGAUGAAGGUCCAGAGGAGGAUCCUGCGGCUAAUGGCAAUGAAGGGAGCGAUGAUGACGACGACGACGAUGAUGAGGAUGGUGAUGAUGAUGAAGGAGAUGACGAUGAGGAAGAGGAAGAGGGAGAAGAUGAGGAUGAAGAGGAGGAUCAACCACCUGCUAAGAAGAGAAAGUGAAGUGUUUUUCAUAGAUGUUUAUAUUCUGCUUCUCUAUCAUGGUUGAGGAGAGUAUGUAGUGGAAAGAGGGAGGUUGUUUAGCUUUUGUCUCUGACAAUGUAGGAAAUUAACCAUCCUUUUUCAGAACAAAUGUACUACUUUCAUCAUGUGGAUUGUUACUUAUGCUACAAGUUCCAUUUAAUUGGUCUACAUACUUGGUAAA